UACUACAAAUUCCAGUAUGCACUUCCCAAGUUAAAUGUUCGGGAAAACCCCUCGUAGCCGCAGUUUGCUUUGCAGAUAACACUGCAGCGGUGGCGGCUUUUGUGCAUUAUACUGAGACGGGCGCGAGUUCCUAGACUUCAGAUAACGGGCUGGUGCAUUUUGGAAAGUUUAUCUGAUCACAUACAACCAUUUAGAAUCUUCCAGCAAAAUGUCUGCUCUCGAUGAUCUUGAAACCGAAGAGGUCUUACCGUGCAUUCGCCUGAAAGCAUACCAUCCAUACCACGAAAUCAAAAAUGUGUUUCAGUUUCUUCACUUCAACAAAAAGAUGAAACACCGAGCAGACGAGGCCCUCAAGGUCGGCCGGGACUCCAAAAUGUGUGACAUCCAGUUGCACGACCUGCGCGUUUCCCGGAUGCAGUUUGCCAUCGAAGCUUUCCGCUACUUCAACAGCUCCGAACUUUCCUUUGAAAUAAAAAACCUCAGUCAGAAAGGGAGGCUGACGGUGAACAACGCAGAGCUGGAAUACCUGAACAAAGUGGAGCUGCCUAGGAAAGCCAUCGUCAGGUUUGCAGAAUUUGUUUUCCUCGUGGAAAAGGAAGACGGAGAGUCCACAGACUAUUUUGAAACGGUGUUUGAGCUGGCGGCCCUGCCACCCAGCUUGGAACUGAUAUGCUGCUCUUCCUUAAGUCCCGUCCCGGAAACUGGCCUUGCGUUCCCCGUCGCUCCAAACUCGGCGGUAGAGUUGGCAGAAGGUGAAUUCUAGUGACCGAGAUCCGCUGGAAAUGACGUUCUCAAACGACCGGGGGGUCUGUCCUCUACGGGUACCGUUUUGUAAUGUAAUUUUUAUAGCAUUAUGCAUGACAAUAUUCUUGAGCCAUGUGAUAUUAUUGUUGUGAGUUUAUUUAGCAUAUCAUGUCUGAUUGGAGGAGUAGGGAGAGUUUCUGUGAAUAUUUAUGGCAUUUUUAUUAAUUUAUUUUAUCUAACCCAGCGUGUAGUCUCUGUUUAGUACGGUAUCGGCUCUAGUAAAAGAACAAUUAUGAUACUUGCCACCAUCGGCAUAAUCUUCUUUUCAUAGCAUUAGAAUUAUUUACCAGUA